AUGCCAGAACCUCAGUCCGACGAGUCAGACGAGGUUGUCUUGUGUGCGUCUCCAAUACGUCGUCCUCGAAAACUGCUGCCCUGCGGCGACAAGAAAGUGGACAUUGGCAGGUCUGAUUCAGCCCACUUGGGUCUGCUUUAUUGCUGCAACUCUGCCGCGAAUGACCGAAGCUGCCUUGAGACUGAAACUGAUAAUGAUCUUUUAAAGGGUCGACCUCCAAACUGGCCUCUUCAAGAGUAUUCAAGUGUCCGAGAAUGUCUUUCACACCCUCCAGUGCUUGAUGAAUCAUUCCACCAUCUGCCUGGAAGCGUAUUCAUCAAGAGCGCCGAACUUGUUGUCACCAACCGCAUCCUCAUUCGACCUCGCUGGCCAUCGCUUCAACGGCCUGAGCAGACGGCCGAGGCAAGAGAGCAUGUAAAGCACAACCAUUCUCGCCUUCCUCACACCUUCAAUUCCUUGCAUGUUUGCCUCGGCAUGGGCUCCUCUACUCUCGGUUCAUACAAGGCCCUGUUGCUCUCUUGA